GUGCGCUGUGCUCUUCCCGGCAUGAGUAUCGUAUCGGUAGUUAAGAAAGAGUAAAGUGAUCGCAGUUUUCCAAAUCCGAGAUGGCCGAAUUGAACAAUCGAACCGACGCUGUCGAAGAACGAGAAACGCAACCGCACGAUAACCGCUUGAAGCACGCCUUUGACGCCGGCUUCUUAUCGGGAUCACAUCCUCCCGACACCCCCCGUACCGUCGAUGUCCAUGAGGAGGAAGACCCAAUUAUUCGAGCGAUUUCGGACUCGGAGAGUAGUGAUUCUAUCGGCGAGUCGAAAUGGUGGGCCGACUUGGCUGCGAGCGUUCAUGUGUUCACUGGAUCUAUGCUGAGGAUGGAGCUUGCGGAGAUGGAGAUGAUCAAGGCAAGGGAGGCUUGGCGGGUUGAAGCAGAGAGGCGCUUAAUUGAAUCGGAAGCCGAGAUGACUCAGAUGUUGCUGGAGACACAAUUGCAGGUCGCCUCGUUUCUUUCGCAAAAGAAUCGGAAGCGGAAGCGAAAGCGAGUCGAAGAUGAAGACAGGCGUGAUAUUUGGCUGCUAGGGUUAUUAUGCAAUUUGAACUAUUGAAGUUCAUGAAAUUGACAAUUUUACAAGUCAAAUCAUGCACAAUUUUCAUGAAUGGAUGCAUGACUCAAGGGAACCUUGAAUUGUUGCAUAUGCAAGGUAUGCAUCUGUAUCAAUAAUUGGUUACUUUUGUGUUUGUGUUAUUAGACACUCUGUAACUUUUGCCUUAGCAUCGACCAAGAAACAAGGCAUCAAAGUACAAAAACAUUAUCUGAAGUUCGAAAUUGUGCAACUUCGUGAUUAGUAUCCUGUCUGUGGUAAACGUGAGAAUUUACUCAUGUAGGCCUAAAAGUUACAGCAGAUUUGAUUGACUUGCUUUAAUAUCAUAAAAUGACAGUUUUCUUUUCUUUUCUUUUC